CCCGAAACGUCCAGACCUCAUCGAAGGCUACUCUUAUAUAUCGCGUAUCUAGAAGACUUCUCUCACACACAUCGAAGAGUCGACAACUCCACAGGCAGAUAGAACAAGUAGAGAAAAAACAGCCUACGAAGAAGAGGGAAAAAAGGAAAAGCCGACCAAGAUGCCCGCUCCUGCACAGAUGCCGCAGUACCUGUACAAAAUCGUCCCCGAGGCGCCGCCCUCGCCGCUGCCAGCCGAGUACCCCCUCUCGGACCUCGACCGCAACGACGGCUUCAUCCACCUGAGCACUGCCGAGCAGGUCCUCGGCACGGCGGACCGCUUCUUCUCCGCCUCCGCCUCCCUCUGGCUCCUCAAGCUCCCUUACGCCGCCCUCGAGGCCCAGAUCCGGUGGGACGAUCUCCCCUCAGGGGCGGGCUGCUUCCCGCACCUCUACGGUCGCAACUUUGGCGCCGCCGACGUCGAGGACGCUCGCGGCUUCGUCCGGGGCGACGAGGGUCGGGCCUGGAGCGAGGUUCUCGGGGGCGACGCGUGGCUCUCCUGAGGAGAGGAGAGGUCAUGUGUCGCCGCCGCCUCUGUCCUCCCUCUCCGAAGGCGGGACCCCCCCCUCCCCGCCGUUCCUUGACAAGAGCAUUGCCGCGAAAACGGGGGUUUAAAGCAUAGGAUGAGGAACUCGACAGGUGGGCCUUGGUUGGGAGGUUAGGAUACUGUUCAUCCAUAGAGGGGGCGAAGGACGCAGACACGCAAUGACGGCGUAGGAUGGCCGUUAAAGUCAAAAGAUGCAAUUGCUUGC